AUAUCGCAUUAUCCUACGAACUACGGUAUACCCCGCGGCGCCACCUGUACCUGCAACUUGCACUGCGUGUGACGUGCUGCAUACCGAAUCGGGGACGGGGCCGGGGCGCGCGCUCUAUCUUCUGUUUACCGAGUUUUGUUUGUUAACCUCUGAAUUAACAACAGCGAAUAAUUUGUCCGAAAAUCGCACACUCUUAACUGGAAAACAAUCCCAAAAUGGACCAUUGAUACCUCUUUCAAAGGGUUAUAUGAUUGAUCAUAUUUAGGAAUCCUGAAAAACCUUUGGAAUGGAGUUUCCAUUUAACGUAAACCAUCUUUUUGGUGAAAGUAUUGCAGUUGUCGACCGAAAUUUGAGGCCGUAUCGGACACACUCGCACGGAUCUGAAGACCACUAUGCAAAUCUAGAGAAGGUCAUUGAUCAGAUGGGAAUAGCAUCUUCAAAGGCCCAAGGUUUAAACCAUGUCAUAACCACAGCACGGAGACUGCGCUUUACAGAUAACAAACUCUAUGUUGUCACAGAUUCCAAUGCAAACAGUGGUCUUGGAGCAGUGGUAGGCAUCUUGAAGACAGGCAGGAAGAAUCUAUUUGUUCUUGAUCGCCAUGGUAACCAGACGGAGAUGCAACCUAUCUGUGUCCUUGAUUUCUACGUCCAUGAAUCGUGUCAGAGGAAGGGGUACGGCAAGAAACUAUUUACACACAUGCUGCAGGCUGAGGAAGUGAAGCCCAAUCACCUUGCUAUAGACCGUCCAUCUCACAAAUUUCUAUCAUUCCUCAUGAAGCACUACAAUCUCAGAGCUACUAUUUCUCAGGUGAAUAAUUUUGUAAUAUUUGAAGGAUUUUUCAACAACCAACCCGAGACCAGCUACUGCAGGAAAAGGGGCAUUGGUAAGCCCCCAGUGCCUCCUAACAACAGACGCACCCACCAACCUUCCCCUACCCAACCCCAUCGCAAUGCUACCUCAUCGGGCAUCUGGGGGACCAACAUGUCCCCAUCUACGGCCAGGAAGAGGGAUAAAGAGGUCCUGAGGGAUGUUAGACCACCCUCUAGAGGUUCAGUAUCAUCAAGUGGUUCCAAUGAUGGUGUUGCUGGUUUAGAGCUGUCGGGCUUGGAGAUAUCAACCCGGGGGAUGGGAGCGCAUGCCAGUAGCUACAGCAGAUACGCCCAUAACUCGACCCCGCCCACUGGUAGGGUAGGCAGUGGAGGGAGUAGGCGUGGUUCCUUCACCAAUUCACCAAUCACAGGCAGUCCUGUACUAGGAUGCACCGUAGGUGAGGAGAAUCGACGGAAUUCUUUGGACAAUCCUAGAAAAGGAUUUGCAAACGGCAAUCAACCCUCUAAUUCCAAAGUGAGCAGUACCCCGCCCCCAUUCGGUCACAUCGGUGCCUUCUCUUCUUACAAUAGUCACCUACAGGCCCAAACCAGGAAUGGUCAUCUUAAAGUCUCGCCAAACAGUACUCCUCUUGUGAAUAACAGACUUGAUAAUCAGGAAACCAGUUCAUCAUCUAACAUGGCACCACCUUCCAAUGGCCAACAACCAGACCAGCAACCUUCCCUCAACCCCUCCGGCAACUACGUCAUAUCCUACACACCCCAACAGAAGGUCAUGCACUCAUCCUGGAAUGUGAUGGGGAUUCCCCCCGGCGGCCAGACCAGGGGAAGCCCCCAAAAUCAGAACAAUACCCCAUACAAAGGGAGCUCUGCCUACCAGAGCCCAGGGCAGAAGGGAAGCCCUGCCUACCAGAGCCCAGGGCAGAAGGGAAGCCCUGCCAAGCAGAGUCCAGGGUAUAGAAACCAACACUGGAGCUCCCAUGGGAUAUUUUGACGAAGGCUUUGUGGAGUUGCUAUGGUAAGCAGUGUAGCACACAUUUUACAAAUCAUGACAAGUAUAUCACACACAUUUUGUAUAAGACAAAAAUGCUAUAGCCUAUGGUUUCAGUGUCUAUCAAGCUGUUAAAUGUUGUGCGAUAAAUGUGAAUCAAACAUGUUACAAAAGUAUAAUGAUCAUUUCACAGAUUCAAUACUGUGCAUAGGACAGCUUUUACAUCAUUUUAUGCUAUAAUGUUGGAUCAAUUUCCAUUACAUAUUCACAAUAUGUAAUGGAUUUGUAACAAAUAUGAGCAGAUGUGCUAUGAAUGUAUCCCAAACAUGUUAUGUCUUGAGCAUGCUACAGAUUCAGUACAUGCAUAUGUGGGGCAUGCUGUGGUAUAGUGGUUUUGACUCCCGUCUUUCAAAUAGAGGGUCGUGGGUUCGACCCAGCCAUGGCGUGUUUUCCUUCAGCAAGAAAUUUAUUCACAUUGUGCUGGACUCAACCCAGGUAAGGUGAAUGGAUACCUGGGUAAAUGGAUACCUUGGUAAAUUAAUUCCUUGAAUGCACUGAGUGCUGGUGAUGGAGGAGUGUCUUGGUUUAAACUUUGGUAAUAAUAGUCGCUCUUUGUAUCCUCUGUUAAAAAGUGCUAUAUAAAUCCAACUGUAAUUGUUAUAUGUAACUGCUUAUUACAACAUGUAUUGCUUUUGUUCCACCUGUGAUUCGGAUGUUUAGUUAGCAAGGUGAAGGCAGGAAGUGUGUAGACUGGAAGCACAUUGGUGGGAAAAAAUGUAUUAGUCUACAGAUAUGUUUACUGAGUAUGUUACAAAAUUGUUACAAUUGUAAUUUACAGAUUUUGGAGUUUUGUUUUUAUUUGCAGUGAAAUAUCAGCAAUCUAGCAGGUUCUUGCACUGUGUUCAGCUAUAAAUUAAACCUGUGAAAUCUGUUGGUUGCAACAUGUUUAAAAAAUAUAAAAAACAAGUGUAACAACCAAGUGUAACAGGUGUAGAAAAAAAAUAACAGCAUGUAGCAGCCAUUUUUCAAAGUGCAUGAACAGGUUAUAAACACAUAAUUGUGUAACAAGCAGUUCACUAUGUUACAGAUGAUAAACAGGUAACAAUCAUGCUUAAGUUUACAUGCUUCAUUUUUUUUUUUGGGGGGGGGGUACAUACAUGUGUAUGCAAUAUGCUUUAAGAGACUAAACAAGAAACGAAAAAUUAAAGAUACUUAUUCUGAUGUAGACUACUAUAUUAAAGUGAAUAGAGGCAUUAUUUGAUAAUGUGAUGCAUGUUCUAUGCAGUACUGAAUGUUAUAAGUGAAUCCUGGAUUUAAAGUCCACUUAAGUGAGAUAAGAAAUGUUGACUUUAUAAGCAGUUGGUCUUUGUGAGCAUGGUCCUAUAAUGGAUGUAUUAUUAGGGAGAAUUUAGUGAAAGUAUUAAAACCAAUUACAGGAUGUAUUUUAUAGACAGGUGACCCUUCUAUACAGGUGAUCAGUAUUACAAGUUUGACUGUAUUCAUCUCUAAUGGGAAUUGAUAAACCCGUUUCAGUAGUUUUUGUUUCUCUUAAUAUAUUACAUGGGAAAACAAACAGCAGCUUUUACUGUUCACAUUCAUUGGCUGUAUAAACACUGCGAUAUUGACAAGUCUUCUGAGUGAUAAGUCUUCUGAUAUGUUUUCUGUAUGCUAUAAAGAACAAAUGGAUAGAAUUGCUUUGUGUGUGAUAGUCUUGCAAGGUUUAUUUUUUGCAAAUAAUAUUGCAUUCCUAAUUUUGAAAGUACUACUUAACUAAAAUAAAGUGCUUGAUGAAUGAUGUUCCAUUUGGAGAUUUAAUUUCAAAAUCUUUGAUUUAAGGUACGGUGUAAGGUCCACCAAAAGAAGUUGAUAUGAAGAAAUAUAAAGACAAUUUGAACUAGCAUAGCAUUAAAAAAUUUCCUCAAAAUUGGAUGUGAACAAUGAAGUUUAUUUUGGAGUUUGCUUUAAUUUCAUGAAACAGUUCUAUACACAACGUGGAUGAUAGGUAAAUGACAGAGCCAUUGAUGUCAUACACUCACUCUGUUGUCUUUUAUUGUAUAGAAUGUUAUAUGAAAAGUUGAAUUAUGUGAUAUUAUGGGAUAAAAUCCAAAAUAAAUGGGGAGUGUGUGACAUUGGUUUUCUCAUAUGCAUUCAACUCAUUUUAUGUGAAAUUCAAGUUAGUCAAUUUUUCAUGUAGAUACAUAAAUCAAACAUCUUCUGUCCAAGAUUUGUCUCAUAUUUGGUCACCUAUAGAUGAAUUUUGUAUUUAAAUCUGCAUUCAGUGUUCAUUAAAAAAAACAGCUUUCUGCAAGUAUGCGAAUAAUCUUUUGUAUUCUAUUUUUUUUUAAAUUGAAAUGCAUACCAUUAAUACUGUUUCCGUACCUGUGUGAAUACCUGUAAAUGAAUAUGUAAAUGAGAGUAUUUUUUUGUUUUUGUAUUUUGGCUGCUGUAGCACAAAUGUUCAAACUUGGCGUUGUUGUUGAAAUGUACAUUGUAAUGUGGCCAUCUUUCAGCAAUCGAUUGCUCUCACAAACUUUGUGGUUGUUACUGGAUCACAGUUUCAUGUAUCGCUAGUGCUCUUAGAUUUCAGGGAAAAUUGUAUUUUCUUACCUCUUGAUGUAGUCUUCUCUGUCGUAUCUUGCAUCCAAACAUAGGUAAAACUCUUUAAAGCUGAUUAGUUUAAAGCAUGAAUUUAAUCGGCUAUCCAUACUCUGAAUUUUACCCAUGUGUCAAAAGGCCAUUUGUAGUGGCUUUGUUAGACUUUGGAAAGUGAAAGUUAUGUACAGUGCAAGCCAUUAUGAGCAUUGUGUUUAUGUUAGGCUGUGUUAUGUUUUAAAAGAAAGUUUAUGGAGAUGUUAAAUGAUGUGAUCAUCAUUAACAAAUUAUUUUUGCCACUAUAUAUUUCUCUCCCUCGCAUCUGUCACUCAUCUGCCACAAAUUCUUCCAAUUUUACACUAACCACAAAAAGAUUCUCUUGAAAUUUGAUACUACAUCAUGUAUUCUCCUCAUAAAGUAUUAACAUUUCUAAGAAACAAGCCUUGGGAUUUUCUACAUAUUUAUUUAGAUUUGUACUUAAAUUGAUACAAUUUUAAUAUGAGGUUGUGUAAAAUAAAUUUAUUUGCACUUUUAAAACUGCCAUUUCAUAUCCCCUCAAGGUCAAUAUUGAUGAGAUGUGACUUUUGUGUUCAGUCUCUACUGCAUAUUAUUAUACUUGAGAUUUGUUCAAUAGUACUUGGCAAUCCUACAUGAGAAAACAAGCAAUCUGAUUCAUACAUGUAUCUAUGAUAAAAACAAUCAUAUUGAUCGUCCUGACUGAUCAUUGGAUUAAAUAAAGCAUAAAUUUCACCAUUAUAGCAUUGGUAUGAUAAUGCAUGGUUGACAAUUCAUAUAAGACAUUUUUUUGUUCUGUGAAAAAUGGCUGAAGUAUUUUUUUGGAAGUAAAUCUGUUACCAUGGUUGAAUCUUCAAAUUUAUCAUACUUUAGAUGAAUCAAAAGAUUUUACCCAUAGAAACAUUUGAUUAGAAUGAUGUGAUCUAACAUUUGACAUACAAUGCUAAUUCACAAUUUACAAAUUUCUAAAAUAGGAAAAAAUCUUCUGUUAAAUAUGUAUUAGGCAGGCUUUCAGUUCUGUGAUCUAAUGGCAAUGAAAUAUUGUAUAUUUUCUGUCACAGAGUUGGGCUCGUGGGGGUUGUUUCCCAUUAUUAGAUUAGAAGUAUGACUAAAAGCCAUACUUAAGUGCACAUGAUAUUUAACACGUUAUCUCAUUGAUGAAUACAUGGUAGACUAUGUCCCAUGACCAAUGCAGUAUUAAAUGCAUCUUAUAUCACACUUCAUAUGGAAUUAAAGUGUAAUUUUUAGUCAUAAAUCAAUUUUGCCUUUUUCUGUGAGGAAGUCUGUAAUGUGUAGGUAGUUUUCAAACCUUGUUUCUUUUCAUUCUCAUAGUAUGAUGUACAGUAUGUGAAUAUGAUAUAGUCUUUAUAGACAUGUAUAUUUUUUGCUGGUUUAACAAAUGGAAUAUAUGAAACGGAAUUCCUUAAACUAUAAUCGCUGUAUAUAAAUAGGAUAUGGGUGUGCAAUAUGUUUUGUCUGUUAUUAUAGAUUGUUUUAGCAUUUUAUUUUCUUUUGCAAUUUUUAAAAUAUAAAGUUAAUAUAUUUCUAACACCCUCAAGUUGCUGCUAUCAGUGGUAUGCCUAGCUCAAUUGUUAUUAUUUUUUUAAUUAAUUGGAUUUCAUUUUGAUUGAUCCUAAAUGAAGAUAGGUUUCAGAAGAGAUGUGAAAUUGUUUGUAUUCUAAUAUAGAUAUUGUUUAAAACCCUACUUGUACAAUCAUUUUGUUCAUUCUAAAAUCAUACAUUUUUUUUUGUACCUCAUAAUCUGAAAGAGCUUGUUAAAUUUCUAAUUUAAAGAACAUAGGGGCAUAUUGUUGCUUUCAUCUCUUUGACUUAACACAGAUGAGAAAGUUAGGCUGCUACAUAUUCUGUGGAUGUUAACCAGAUGGUUGGAUUAAAGAGUGCAUCAAUUAUCUGGGAU